CCCACAGCCGAUGUAAUUGCAGAUUCCGUUUCUCACACCAGCCCUUUUCACUCAAAAGGAAGUGACAAUAGCGGGAGCCUGAGUGGACACCUAGGGGGCGAAGGUGUGGGAGGUUUAGGGCGGGAAGAUGGGGGUGGGACGUUCUUUGAUGAGGCGAAGGAGCUGGAGCGAGAUCUGGUGGCGCGAUGGGGUCGAGACGGGGAUAGAGGCGCCUGCGAUGAGGGCUCUGAGUGGACGCAAGAGGGCGUCAAAGGCGAGAGCAGAGAUGAGGGACAGGGAGGGGCCAGGGACGAUGGAGAUAGUGCGAGGGGAGGAGGGGAGGAGGAAGGGAGGACGUUCUUUGAUGAGGUGGAGGGGCUGCAGGAGGAACUAAAGGGGAUGGAGGGGGUGCAGGGGUUGACGGGGUUGCAGGAGCUGCAGGGAGUGGCGGUGGAGGAGGGGUUUGUGUCAAGUGCACUUGAGGGAUCAGAGCCGGGCAGAGCUACCAGCGCCAUCACCCGCAGCACCUGCAGCGGUAGUAUUGAUACCACUGGCAUCACCAGCAAUAGCAGCAAGAGCACCUGCUCUGGCUUCUCGUUUGAAGGCGCGUGGUCCUUUUCCACAGGCUCCGGCGCUCGUGAGAGGCCUGAACCCGCACACGGGGAAAGCGCCCACACAAGCGGCCUCGCUCGUGCCCGUGACCAUGCCCACCCGCCUGCAGUUCCACCCCUAGCGGCCGUUCCAGCACUGUGUGAAGCAGCACCAAGGGGAGCGCUGGAAGGCGGUAUGCAGGAGAAGAGUGGAGGGGCAGUGGGGCCUCAGGGAGUGGAGCAAGGGAGGGUGCAUCGGGGGAAGGCACAGCUGGGCUUGCGUGGUGGCGCCAAGGGCAGGCUGAGAGUGGGGGGUUUCAAACGGGGAUUUCUGCUGGGUGGGGAGGACAGGACAGGGAAGGAGGAGGGUAGUGGUGUGGUGGGUGAGAGUGUGGUGGAGGGAGCGUGGAAAGAAAAGGACGGUGGUCGUGCCAGCCCUGUUAGUGGGGGCAGUCCUGGUGGUAUUGACAGCAACGUUGGUGACGGUGGUGCUGCGGGUGCUGCUGCUGGUGUGGAUGCACCUGUUGCAUCGCCCUCGCAUGCACCACAAGCCGCACACGCCACACCUGCUGCAUCCCCCACGGACGAGGCGCAAGCAGUGUUCGCACGUGUGCACCCGCUCUGCAUGGCUGUGGUGGACGCGCGGGGGGACCACCAGCAGCUGCCACAUGCCAUUAAGCGAUUGGAGGAGGCGAUUGGGCGCAGGGACGUGCCUGUGGGGGGCAUUCAAGCAUGCCUAGAGUUUAUCCUCUUCCCGCUCUUGCUCGUGCUGUGUCCACCCACCCCAACCUCCACUCCCUCCUCUUCCAAGCCGCCUGCUUCAGCUGCGGCAGGCGAAGGCUGGGCCAGCAGCACAGAGAACGAUCAUGUGGCUGGAAUCACGCCACGUGGCGGGCAGCGAGUGGUGGAGGCAGCCCUCAGCUGCAUGCACGUGGCGCUGACCCGCUGCGCCGCGGCAGAGGCGGAGGCUCGGGUGGGCACGAGGGGCAGCCAGGUGGUUCGAGCGGAGGCACUGCGAGCCAUGCGCCUGCUUGUGGAUGGGGCGCACACACCCGACGCGCUCGCCUUCUUCCUUCCGGGGAUCCUCAGUGGCCUCUCCCGUGCAGCCCUCGCCCCCUUCUCCCCGCGCUCCAAUGAGCCGCUCACACGUGGCGCCGCAGCAGACCCCUCCGCAGUGGCCGAGGCGCUGCUUGGGCUGUCACAGGCGCUAGUGCUGGUCAUGGGGGAUGCUUAUAGCGAGGAUGGACAUGACGAGGAUAAAGGGGAGGAGAAUGAGAAAGGGAGUGAGGGAGGGGAGACAGAGGAGGAGAGGGCUUUGAGCAUGCUGCAGCAGAUGGUGGGUCGCAUGGAGGGGCGGAAGGGGGAGGGGAGGAAGGGAGGGGAAGGAGAGGAGGAUUGGUUGGGAGAAAAGGAAGGAUGUGGGGUGGGGUCAGAAGGGGCGCUGCAAGGAGAAAAGGCGAGCGGCACAGCAGGGACGAGGGAAGGCGCGGUGAUACUGAGGGAAGUGAGUGUGAGGAGGCGGUGUGAAGAAAAGAGUAAUACGCCACGGGCACAUGCAGGAACAGGUGUGGGGCGUGCGGGGGCAGGAGGUGCAGGGAAGGGUGGGAGGGGAGGAGACGGCGGGGCGAGGGGGGCAGGAGGAGAGGGGGGGGGAGGGAUGGUGGUGCUGCGAGUGGAGAGGGACGAGGCGUGGCGCGGGGAGACAGGCGCCAAGGUGCUCGUGCUGCUGCACAAAGUGCUUCCCAAGAUGCUGCACUUCCCCGCCCCCAAGGUCCGCUGUGCCUUAGUAGACAUGCUGGGGGAGCUGUUGCUGCGCUGCCCCUGCUCCCUCUCAGCCUCGCGCCCCCUGCUGCUCGAGUGCCUCCUCCUCCUCGCCUCUGACCACUGGCCCUCCGUUGCGUCCUCUGCUCGCCGCCUCCUUGCCCGUGCUGUCAUCACUGACCGCAACCCAGCACCGCCAUCAUUACCACCAGUAACAGCGGCUACUGGUGGGCCAGGGCCUCACAAGUGUAUAGGCACAGGGUGCAUCGAGGUGGCGAAUGUCGCUCUGGCGGAGAUGGUGGAGAGGCACAUGGCAUCCCUCGCAACUCCCGCCCCACCCACCUCUCAUUUCCCGCCCUCCGCCCUGCCCCUCCACUCCCCGCUGCUUCCAUCGCCCACCCUCGCCCCCUCCAUCUCCCUCGUCGCCUCCGCCUCGCACCUACAAGCCACCACGGCCUCUCUCCGAGUGCUCUCAGCGUGCUUCAUCACAGCAGGGCGUCAUCCCGCAGCCCACCACAUCCUAGACCCUUACUCACCUUCCUUCCAUUCUGCUGAGCCCUAUCCAUCUUUUUGUUCCUCCCAUUCUCUUCCCAUUCCGCCUUGUUCCUGUCACUGGGUGGAACUGACUAUCAUUGGUGGUGAUUUCACCCUUAACCUCGUCCCCACCUCCCUUGCUAAUGACACUCCUCCCACCUGUGACGCCACCUACGCCCCCUCCUGUCCCCCGCUUCUCCCACCACGCCAGGCCUUCUCUGCGCGCCUCUCCACGGCCAUCUCUCUGCAUCUGCCCUUUGCACCCGGCAGCCCCCACACGCUCGAGUCCUCCCCUGCUCCUGCCCUCGCGCUUUCACCACUGCUCGGCUCAGCUGCUGCAUCAGGUGAAUUCUCAAGUGUUGUGCCACCCAGCUCAGGUGUUCCAUCAGGGCCUUGCUCUGCAGCUACCAGAGAGGAGAGCGAGGAGGAGCAAUGGAGGGAGUGGUUGUGGGAGGUGCUAGAUCAUCAAGAGGGGUACAACAACCCCAAGGGGUCAGCACACUAUAGCAGCAUGUGUGAGCAGUCAGUGCAAGUGCUGCACAGGGCGCUAGCUGUAGACGCCACUGCCCCUCUGCUCCUCUGGUUCUGCCGCUUCCUACGAGUGCUCGCCCGCCUUGCUGCUGCUGCUGAUGCCCAUGAUGCUGCUGGUGUUGCCGGUCUUGGUACUGCGCUGACGGCAUGGCAGCAGCCAAUAGGGGCGCUUCCUGCCCUUUUCCAGCCACUCCUGGAAGGCCUGCGUGAGGCUGUGGGGAGGAUUGAAGAGGAGAGGCGGAGGGAGAGGAGGCGAGCCCGGGCCAAGAAGAAGGAAUGGGUGGACGUUGAGGGGAUGAGGAAGGGAAUGGGGAAGGGGGGUGAGGGAGGGAAGAAGGGAAAGACGAGCAAGGGGCAGGUUAAGGAGGAGGGAGGGCGAAGGAAGGUGAGGGGGAGGAAAGAGGAUGGGGAGAAGCAAGGGGUGGAAAGGAAGGAGGAGGAGGAUCUGUCAGAACAGGUUUCUGCUGCUCGGGCAGCUUCGUCUUUUCUGUUGGCUCUGACCGAAGCACUUGCUGGCGUGAAUGGCAGGCCGUGGGAGGCUCCCCCCGGUGGGGGAGAUGUGGCGGCGCUGGGAAGUGGAACAGUGCAGGUGGAGGAGAAGAUGGAGGAAGAGGAGCAGGGAGCUCAGCAGCUCAAGGCAGUGGCGCAGAGGGAGGACAGGUGGCAUGCGGUGGUUGGUCCGGUGGUGCAGUCAGUGCUGGCAGAGCUGCUGAACGACGACCUGUGGGAGCUUCCUGUGGAUGUGACGCAAGGGGGAGGGAGAGCGGUGCAGAGCUGUGCUGGAGGGGAAUGGAUGGGUGAGGAGGAGCGCAGGGGGAUGAUGCGCAGGCUCAAUGAGAACGCCAACCUGCAAGCGGUGCUCCUCCUAUCCCUCUCAGCAGCGCUCUCAGCUCUCGGCCAAUCACAUGCCACAAACUCCGGUGCGCUGCGCCGCGCCUUCCCUCCGCUGCUGCGCGCGCUCGCCUCUCCCCACGCCCGUGUCUCCUCCGCUGCGGCACAUGCCCUCUCUUCCAUCACCCGAUCAUUUGAGUACCCCUCGGUGCCGGCGUUGGUAGCGGCCAACAUGGACUAUGCCAUAGCUACCGUGUGCCACGGCCUCUCCACCCUGCACUGCCACCCCUCCGCGCCCCGCCUGCUGCUCGCCGUCAUGCACCUGCUGCCCCUCGUACCUCCCGCCUCUGCAACCGCCGCCCCUGCCGCUCCUGUACUGCCUGUGGCCCCUGCAGUGCCUGGGGAGUAUGCGGGGGAAGCAGCAGAUAGUCGCCUGCACCAAGCUGGUGCGAGCAAACGCUCCGGGUCAUCAGCAGUGGGAAGCGGAGGGGCAGCAGCAGCAGGGUCAGCGGUGUCAGUGGCAGCGACAGCGGCGUCGGUGUUGCCAUCGGCGUUUGAGAGCAUGCUGCCCCUCAUCAUCCACCCGAUUCGCUCUGUCCUGGCCUCGCUCCAAAUCACCGCUCGUUUGCAGAAUGCCCCCCAUAUAGUCACCCUCGUUCAGGUGCUCCGUGUGCUGAUGUCAGCAUGUGCCAUUGCCACAUCAGCAAAGCGCGCCGAUGCCGAAGCUGCAGCCUUGGCAGCAAUUGCGGUGCUCCGGAGGGAGGAACGAGCCCGGCGCAAGCAGCUUCGGAAGCUGCGGCGAGCCAAGGAGGGAUGUGGUGGUGAGGAGGGGAGGAGCAGACUGAAUGCUCGGAGCGGCCUUGAUAAGCCUUACCCACAUGUCAGCCGUGUUAGCCCUGAGUCUCAUGCUGCUGGUCUCGCAUCCUCUCCUGCCGGCUUUGAAGCUCGGCUUGCUUCUCAAGGGAGCAGUAGCUGCAGCAGCUUGUGUGGUGGGAGCGGCAGCAGUGCUGGCGCAGAUAGCGGCAGUGCCAGAGACUCAAAGUCACCAGCUGAUUCAGAUGGCUUGUCGAACUCCCUGCAGUGUGUGUCCUGUUGUUCACCACCGCUCCUUGCUCUUGCGGCUCGUGGUAUCCCUUUGCCUGUCCUGCCCGCCCCACCAGCAGCCGUGCGUGCCUUCUUCACACGCCGCAUGCAGGCUGCUGCCGCUGCUGUGCGGGGUGAGGGGGCGCUGAGUGGGACGGAGGCAGUGGAGGGGAAAGAGGAGGAGGGUGAGAUGUUGGGGGAGGGGGAGAGGGAGGAAGAGGGGAAUUCGAGUGAUGAGGAGUGGGACAACUCAGGGUCGGAUACAGAGUCAGAGGGAGAUGACAAGGAGGAGGCACGGGAAGAGGGGAAUGCAGCUGAGCAGUGGAGUGUGCGCCAUGCGCUGAGCCAGCUGUCGGAUCGCACGAGAGUGGUGGCCAUGCAUGCACAGCUGGCUGCCGCCUGCCUGGAGGCCUGUGGGCCGCUCAUGGCCAGUCGGGAUGCUGAGCUGGCGCUGCUCGCUGCUGACGUGGCGCAAACUUCUGUGGCUGCCAUGUCAGCAGCUGAUGUCGCACAGCGAGCGAGGGCCAAUGAGCUGGAGGCGGUGAGGGAGGUGGUUCGGUUGAGAGUGAAACGAGCCAAGACACACCUCACUGCCCUGCAGGACUCAGGCUUGGGCACAGGUCCGGCCAUAGGUUUGGAGUCAGGAUUGGGUGGAGGUCUGGGGAGCGGUUUGCUGGACUGGUUGGAGGAUGAUGUGGCAGGGCUACGGGCCGACCUGACAUCGCUGCAGGAUGACGUGGCAGCAAUGCAUGACACGGAGGAUGCUCUCAAGGUGGCGGAUGCUGUGAGGGACGAGACCAAUUGGCUGCUGCCACGUGUGCACAUGAUCUGGCCCCAUGCUGUCUCUGGCCUCAGGAGGAGCCACCCUGCUCUCAUCAUCUCAUCCAUCCACGUCAUCACAGCUCUGUCCACCACGUGUGACGAUGCCUUCAUGGCCAGAAAGAUCCGGGAAGAUUCCUGGCCUCUCAUGGCGGCCCUGCUCCUCCAGGGCCCCCCUCUUCCCUCUUACUCCUCUCCCUCCUCCUCUCGCUCCUCGCCCUCCACUCCCUUCCUCGCGUCCAUCUCCUCUCGGCGUCUCACCAAUCCAAGUCCCGUGGACCUCACGAGGCUACUCACCCUCAGACCCACCACGUCAGCAUCCACUAGCACACGCAACGCUGCCACGUCAGCAUGCUCAGGUGUGGCACCUUCUGCGAGAGAGCGAGUGCAAAUGGCAGUGCUGAUGUGGAUUGCAGAGGUGGCGCAAUCUGACAGGUCGAGAGAGGGCGGCGGAGUCGCGUUGAGAUCAGUGGCAUGUGAUGUGAUUGUGGUGCUUAUGGCAGUGCUGGCAGAAAGGAGGAGUGGGGGAGAAGAACUAAUUCAUGCUUUCCGCGAUGGCGGCAACAGCAGCAGUAGCGAUCUCAAGCCAUCCAUGGUGAAAAGGGCAGCUGAGGCAGCAGUAUCUCUUGGCCGCGCACACAAGGAGAAUGUCACCACGUUUCUGUCUCAGGCCAUCCAGUCAAUUGCUUCCACAUCACCGCCGCAGCUAAGUGCCACUGCGCAGAGAUACGACAUUGUGGUCGUGGAUGGUGGAAAUUCAACAGAUGGAAUCUCCCAGAACGAGCUUGUGAAAGUAGCAGAGGCGUCGUUACGAGGCACAGGUAAUGUGGAGAAACAGGGGAGCCACGUUCAUUUGCUUUCGAAGCUGCUGAAGUAUCUGCAAGAAUGA